AUGAAAGGCCUACUGGCCAGUUCGAAUCCUGUGGAUCGUGUACUUUGGCUGACCUUACCGGAGACCGUGGAGGUACUGCGUAACUUCUACCUCAAGGUAGCGGACAUUAUUCAGUACGUUCUGACCUUUAUGAUGUUGCUUCUGCCAUGUUUCUUCGCCGGUGGUCUUAUAUGUAUCACAGUCCCUUCCUCAGCCAUAAAUGCUGAUGCCAUGACUCCGGAAAUCCACUCAAAUGUAGUCAGUGCGGCCCUAAUGGAUAUCUGCGAUCUCGUUCUCAUGGUAGAAAACAAGUCUGAGUUCGAUAAGAAGGACCGUCAAUUGGCGUACAAUCAAGCCAUGGCAGCUUCCGAACUCUUGAGUUGGUUCGGAUUCUCUCCGUUACCGUUUGAAGAAGAACUCAAGGUGAGACUUGCCGACGCAACCAGUACCUAA